UUCAUUGCUAAUCCAGGCGGUUUGAAGGAAGGGAAAGAAGAAGAAGAAGCUCAGAUCAUCGGCCCAUCUCUGGAUGCAGAAGAUCAGGGAAGAUGGACCCUUUCAGCACCAAGAAUCUGGCAGUCCAAGCUCAGAAGAAGCUCCUGAGCAAGAUGGCGUCAAAGAACAUGGCGAGCAUGUUCAUCGACGAUACCAGCAGCGAGAUCUUGGACGAGUUGUAUCGGGUCACCAAGGAGUUCACGCGCAACCGCAAGGAAGCCCAGAAGAUCAUCAAGAACCUCAUUAAGAUUGUCGUGAAGUUGGCCGUCCUCUACCGCAACGGACAGUUCAGCACGGACGAGCUGCUGGUGAUGGAGCGAUUCCGAAAGAAGGUCCACACCUUGGCCAUGACGGCCGUCAGCUUCUACCAGAUAGACUUCACCUUCGACCGCCGGGUCAUGUCCAGCAUGCUCCAGGAAUGCCGUGACCUGCUGCAUCAAGCGGUCAACACCCACCUGACGGCCAAGUCCCAUUCCCGGAUCAACCACGUCUUCAACCACUUCGCAGACUACGAGUUCCUCUCGGCGCUCUACGGGUCCUCCGAGCCGUACCGCACGCACCUGCAGAGGAUCUGUGAAGGGCUCAACCAAAUGCUAGACGAAGGCAACAUCUGACCAGGGCUGGAUCCGCCAACUUUGGGACGCUGACGUUCGCCAAGGAACGCCGAGAGAUGGCGGCCGUUUGACUUGGGGGGGCAUCUCCUCCGGGCCUCUUCAUCUCUGUGCACCGCUAAGCAUCUUGUGGUUCUCAUUUGGUUUGGUAACGUUUAAGAAGUGAGGUUGUUUUUUUCAUUAUUUGUGGUUCAAAUUGGUGGCAACUUGGGUCUAUUCCACUCCCCUCUCUUCCUUGACCCGAUAAAAUUAAUUGGUUCUUUGAAAAACAUUCUGUUACCCCCCCAGACGGAAGGCACCCAUCUUCAGUGAAGGAGACAGGGCAAAUGGGGAACAACGGGGAGUUUGAACUCAAUCUCACCCAGCAACAGAAAAAAUACUUUGCUUGAUGCAUCAGACCAAAGAUCUACCUAAUCCUUUACAGCAUCUGCAUUCCGACAGGGGCCAGCCAACUUCGUACAGACUCUGAACGCAGCGCUCCCAUUUAACCGUCAGGACUAAGAGGUGCCGAUAAGGAGUUCUUGGACCAAAGAACCAUUUUUCCCACUGCGAAGGUGACAUCCACUUCCUGUUGCCUGGCCCUCAACUAACAGCACUUGGGGGUAGACACUCUGUGUCCAUGGAGGCUCCACUGAUGUAGCAUGACGAAUGGCAUUAGCGUUCGCUGCCCUCUCAUUCUUGUUGAAUUUGUCUAGUUCAGCAGGAGGAAACCUUUUCCCUGUUGAGGGUUUGGACCCGGAUUUGCUUCCUUCCCGAGGAAGUUCCUUUGCCCGAUUUUUGGAGAGCCCUCCCCCCCCCCAAUAUACACACACCACAUCUCACCCUAUGUCCACCCAGUGUGUGGCCACUGUAAAGAAGGCACUCUCCAUGUUAGGCAUUAUAAGAAAAGGAACUGAGAAUAAAACGGCCAGUAUCGUACUUCCCUUAUACAAAUCGAUGGUGCGACCAGACUUAGAAUACUGUGUACAGUUCUGGUCACCGCACCUAAAAAAGGAUAUUAUAGAGCAGGAAAAGGGGCAACUAAAAUGCACCGUAAGGGCCCAUAAGGCCAUCGAGUCCAACCCCCUGCUCAAUGCAGGAAUCCACCCAAAA